UGUACAAGACCACACGUAUACGUUUACGAAGAACGCAUGACAGACGCAAAUUUCUUUCAUUUUUAAACCAAGUUCCCAAGGAAAAAUACUGAAAAGUCGCCAUGGUACUCCUUGAUAAUGAUCAGAGUAUCCGAGCGAGUUUUGUACCUUGAUGUUCGGGUAGCUGGAGCAUAGUGUAGCGGUAGUAAAGUGGAUUUGAGCCUGUAUGAACAUCACUUGAGGUAGCUAGUGAGAUGUGCCAAUCCUAGUAUUUUGCUGUCUGAAUGAUGCAGAUACAGAAGUUCUUAGCAGAAUUAACCAAACUCUUUCAGAAGUGUAGGACAUCUGGAUCGGUCUACAUAACAAUGAAGCAAUAUUAUGGUCAAACUAAACCCAAGCCAAAGGCAGCCAAAGGAGAAAGAGUAUCAGUGUCGGACCAAUCAGAACAUAAAUGCUUGUUCAGAGCAACCAAUGGCAAAAAGAAAUUAUCUACAGUGAUUAGUUCAAAAGAUGUAACCAAAUUCCAGAUGGCUUACGCAAAUGUGAUGAAACUCAACAUGGAUGGACUGAAGAAAAGAGAUAAAAGAUCGGCCAAAAGCAAAAGCAAGACCACUAAAGCUACUUAAUGUUUGAUGCCAGUGCCAAAUGAUAGAGACAUUUCUUGAUCAACAUUCAUACCGAGGAUUGCAUAUCAGAUAGAGAGAUAAAGCAGCCCUGGAUAAGGAAAGGACUUGAACCUUGUUUGGUAUUAGAGAUGGAGAGAUUAUGAUGCAGAAUAUUGAUGGCAAGGUCUUCAGCAAGUUUUUUUGGCAGACUCUGAAUUCUAGGAGUGGCUGUCUUUGUUACCUACUGCAAUAUCAAAGUACUUCAACAGAAUUUAUUGCUGUUGGAUGAUUUUGUACCAGUCUGUAGAUACAUUUGUGUCAUAACACAAUUUUGUAUUUAGGGUUGCCAAAUGAGGUGAGCCAUGUUAUUUUUUUGGGGGAAAAUGAGUUCAUAUAUUUCAUGAUGUUUAUGAAAGAAAGUGAUAUUUUGAUUCUCUGAAGAAUGUUUACUUCCUGGUCUAGUGAUAAGAGUACAGUAUACACACAUGACGAAUUGCCCCCCCCUUCCCCUAGAAAAAAACCCCAACAAACACCUGCCUGCCUGCAAAGUUUCAUUUUAGAUGUGAGCACCAAAAUGGGAGACCACCCUCCCCCCUUUAAAUCUCUUUUCCUAUCUUUGACCUGAGAAAGUUAUAAAUAUUAAGCUUCUUUUUUUGAGAUGUACGAACAUUCAUUGAAAUUCAUUUUUGAAAUUGUAUUUUAUUAUUUUUUAUUCACUAUUGUAUAUGCUGGAUUGAGUUAAUCUGUUAACAAUCAUUUCAUAGUGUGGUCAUCUGAUCUAAACUAGAGGUCAUUGACUUACAUGUACAUGCUAUGACAAUACUAUCCUAGAUGUAUGUGUCUCGAUAUAUGGGGGGGGGGGGUCAUACAAAAGAUGUGCUAAAAACUAAAAAUGAUAUUGCCGCAACUGUUUUUUUUUAUUAUUCAAGGGCAUGCAUGUACAAGUAACUUUUUUAUAUACUAAGAAUGGUGCAUUCAAAUGCAUUUAUUACUCAAACUUUAAUCUCUAUUUUCAUGUUUGUGAACCAACUUAAAAUUGUCUAUUUUCACUCUCAUUUAAGGAAGAGAGAGGCUGGCCAAAAAGAAACCCAAAAAAGUAUAACCUACAAAACAUAAUUACCAAUUUGUAAGUGUUCAUAAACAAGAUGUUAUUCACCUCAUUAGACUUGACCGAAAUAGAUUUAUUUUAUUUUCUGCAGCAAAAUAUGCAAUCUCAUUUGUGCAUGGAUUAGAAACUCAUUCAUUUUGAUGUGCACCAAAGCACAGAGCAUUUUACUUCAUGGAUACAGCUUCAAAACAUAACAAAUUUUGAUUUUUUUUUUGUAUGGCUUUACAUUUAAACAUAAAUUCUGUCAAGCUCUUCAGAUAUUAGACAUGGUCUCAUUCAUUUGUGCUAAUUUGUUUGGAGGAGCUAUUAUUAGAACAACUCACUUGCUCAUUAGUGAAAUGACUUUGGUGGUUGUUUUAGAUUGCAAUCUUUAUGAGUUUUUUUUAUGUGUAUAUAUUUUCAGUUUCCCUUUCUCCACAGAAACCUGUACUUCUCUUCAAUUCCCACCUACAUACAUUAAAAUUGUCUUGUUUUUGUGAAUCAUUCAAGAAUUUUUGUCUGUUCUUACUGAUAUUCAUACGCUACAUAAACUAUAAGAAUAAUAGACUUCAUAACAGGGCAGAGGGGACUGCUACCACCCCUCCCCCCAUGAUUUUCAGCUGGUGAAAGAUAUAAAAAGAAGAAGAAAAGAUGGAAAAGAAACUUGAGUCUCAAAAACUAUAAAUCUUGGGCCUGUAACACAAAGCUUUGCAAUCAUUGAAAUUGAAUUUUUUAUGAUUGCUCAUUGCAUUGACUUCAAUGUACAAUCAAUCAUGAAAAUCAAGCGUACCAUUAAUCGCUAACGUUUUUGUCACAGAACCGUGGAUUUUGUCACUCUAUAUUACCUGUUAUUCAAUUAAAUGUACAAAUACUCGUAUGUCAUCUUCAGUUCAUCUUACCCCCCCCCCCUCCUUUCCCCUCGAAUUCUGACACCACCUAUGCUUCAUAUAUCUUUCUUAGGAAGAUGUUCCCUCCACCCCUUACCCAUUUCAGACUAUGAUGAAAUUAUACAAAAGAGCAACCGUCAUAACACAAGGGAAUGGGGGAUAAACAUUGAUGUAUGAAUGAAGGUGGAGAGUACUUAUAGGUGGUUGAUGUAAAAUGUCAGGACCUUCCGCAAAGUUCACUUCCAUGAUUCUUGUGACAUUGUGAUCUUUUAUUAUUCCCAGGGCCCUCGUGUAAAUCAGUUUACGUACCUGAAGGAACUAUACUGGUAAAAGAAAAGUGAAAUAGAUAAAUAAAUAAAUACAUUCUGAUGAUAAGCACCACAGCAAUGCAGUCAACAGGAUGCAAUAUAAGAUUUGAUGAUUUCAAGUCAUUUGGUGCUAUUCUCAUCUAGUUAAACAUUUUGUUGACUUUUUACUACAAAUCACACAUUUUAAAGUGACAAUUGUACACUCAUUAAUGAGAUACUAAGCAAGUAAGCAUACAUGUAACUACCCUUGAUAUUAUGAUUACUUGAAAUAUAAAAUAUCAGUUGCAAUACUCUUCGGUUUUCCAAGAUAUCUUGACAAAUCUUGUAUUCCAGACAAUUACCAUUGGAGUUGGCUUCAAUUAUAAGAUGAUCAUUAUUGCAACACUUGUUUGCUUGAGAAUCAUGCAUACAUGUAGCUUGUCAUUUUCAAGUGUACACUUUGUGAAGUUUAACUUUUAUUUCUUUACAAAAAGCUGUAUGAACCAACCCAGGAGUAUGUUGAAUCCAUCUUCUUUACAUUAGGUUUCAAUUGUAUUUCACAUGCUGUCUUGCAUGUUGUCUU